AUGGACGCACAACUCCUUACCCAACACCACCAGCGCCGUGAGGCACCUCACUCCCACUCUCACUGCCACUCGACCACACGUGACGACGAUGUUGUUCUUGUCCACGACGCAUGGGCAGCACCACCCAUCGCUCCCGGCGUCUAUGACCUGGAUACGUCUAUGGACUAUGAAAUGAAGGAGGUCGAAGACCCUUUCAAGUUCCACUACACUAUCCCCAUGGAGACUCCUGCUUUCAGCACCGGUGCCGGCCUCCCUCUUGGUGGGCUUGGGUUCUUCGCACCUCAGCACAACCCCCAGGCCAUCGCACCCCCAACCCAACCGUUCUCUCACCCGUUCACCUUGAGCCCGGAGAGCCAACAGCAUGAGCCUCUUCUUCCCCCUGCACCACGGCCCACAGGCUUGAACCUGGCGCCGUGCUGUUCGCCCGAGGAGGAGAGGCGUGGUCGCUCGCCGCCACUUCACGUCAGGGCCGCUUGCCCCCCAGCUCCUCGUCUUGGGUGCAGCGAGCUUGGCGAUCUUCCUGCCGCUGUGGUCGUUCCUCCUACAGAAGGAACUCGACCCCCUGUUCAGCGUGGCUUCAGCGCUCUCGGCCUCGACUUUGCGCCUGGCCCUUCCAAGUCUUCUAUCACUGUUACCCCUCCUUCUCCUCCCGCAUCCAACUCUAGUUUCGCCGCUCGCCGCCGUCCUCGUGCCCCGACUCUCGACGCCGAGGGCGAGCAGCGUGCUCCCACCCGCCGCGCAUUGGAGCGCCGCGGUAACUCGGACCAGGCCGACGUCACCUCUCGCGUUGCCAACUGGUGUGGCGCCGUGGCCGCCGCCACCUUCAGCGGAGCCACAAGGGACACCGACGGGGAGUUUUGGGCCGAUGAACUCUCUACUCGUCUUGGCCGCCUGGGUGAUGAUGGUGACAAGCAUAAGGGUAUCCGCCCUCGCCCGCAGCAUACCACCUCGUCCACAGUGCAGCGCCCAUCACUCUCGCGCCAGCACAGUGACGGAUCGCGCAAGUCCGGGUACAGCACACCAGGCGGCGCCGACCAGCUCGACUCUUGGGCUUCAAAGGUUGGAAGGGCCAGAGGCCGCCAGGUCGACAUGCCGGUGCAGCGCCGUACCCGCGCCGUCUGA